AUGCCUUCCGAUCAGAAGUCAUACAUGAGCCAGGCUGAUGCCUCUCGGAUUCAGUCAUCGCAGGCCAAAUCUGGUGGUGAUAUGAGUUCGGGCGGGUUUGCUUCUCGUGCGCAAAGUGCCGGAGCACGUAACGCGAACUCUGGAACUAGUACUGGUAGCAAUAGCGGGUCCAACAACUCCAGCUCGAAACCAUCCUCGGAGAAAUGA